AUGGACAAGCCAAAACGCGAGGCUAUCCUAGAUCUUUCAAAGUACGUCAACGAGAGAAUUAGAGUCAAGUUUACCGGUGGACGAGAAGUCACCGGUAUUCUCAAGGGCUAUGACCAGCUGCUAAAUCUUGUCCUUGAUGAGGUCGAGGAAGAAAUUCUAGAGCCAGAAGCACACAAGCGAAGUCUAGGAUUGGUCGUCCUGCGUGGACCAACAAUAACCCUUCUUAGCCCUGUUGAUGGUUCCGAUGAAAUUGCCAACCCUUUCCUUGCACCAGAGUAG